UCAAAACCCUUCCCCCUCCCGGUCUCCCCUUCCCCCCCUUGCGGCUAAGUGCUCGAGCCCCGAACAAAUCUCGCGGCGAUUGGAAUCCCCGAACGCCGAGAGCAGAUCAGCGGAAGACCACGCCCUCGCUUCUGAUCUCCGGCCGGCGCGACCCCAGGCCAAUCGGAGAUGCAGCAGGGGGACGGCACGGAGGCGCAGGUCACGUGGGAGGACCAGCAGAACAUCAACCGCUUCGGCCGCCUCAACAACCGCCUCCACGAGCUCCAGGACGAGAUCAAGCUCGCCAAGGAAACAAAUGAAAACCUUGACGAUGCUGGGAACGAGCUCAUCUUGUCAGAUGAAGAUGUGGUGCGCUUCCAGAUUGGAGAAGUGUUUGUCCACAUGCCAAGGGAUGACGUGGAGACUAGGCUGGAGCAGAUGAAGGAGGAUGCGGCCAAGAAGCUGGAGAGGCUAGAGGAGGAGAAGGAAUCAAUCGUCGCCCAGAUGGCCGAGCUGAAGAAGAUACUGUACGGCAAGUUCAAGGAUGCCAUCAACCUGGAGGAGGAUUGACAGUGAGUCCUUGAGCUGUUGCGCGAUAGUUUUUCAGGUUCUGUUUUUAUUCCCCCGUCCUCCCACCACAUUAGUCUGGUGAUGCUAGCUUGUGUAACAGAGGAGAGUUUGAAGCUUCGGAAGCUCGUUUACCCCACAGGAUGCACGAACUUGGUUGGAGUGAGUGGUUUGAUUCCGAGCGUGUUUAUGAAUUGAAGUGAAUGGGCGUGAGCCUCAGGCGUACAUCCAGUCAUGAUCUUUUCGUCAGUUUGAUUUUUCACUCGUGCAGGUCACCAAACAUUUUCCCAGCAGACAUGUUGAUCAAAAUCUGUGUGAAUCUGUGAUCCGUCUGUGCAAGAAAACACUGAACUUUGGCACGUCGUGCUCCUCUACCGUA